CCUGAGUGUCAUUUCAUCUCUGAAGAUGACUGUAGUCUGGAUUCUUGUCUCAUAUCUUUGCAUAAUAUCUCCAGCUCAAAGUUUGGAUCUUUCCCGACCAUCAUUUAUCUCAGUAAAGUCUGGUGAACGUGUCACUCUUAACUGCCCAUUUUACUGGAGUCAAGGUAUAUUAAAUCUUGUCAUUUGGUACAAACAAAUAUUUGGAGAGAUGCCACAAAAAGUGGGAGAAGGAUUACCAUAUAAGGGUGUGAAAAUCAGCCCCGAGUUCAAAACCUCAGGAUAUAAAAUGGAGAAGACUGAUAGCAGCAGUUCUUUGACAAUUUCACAUAUAAAAAAAGAACAUGGAGGACUUUACUACUGUGGACAAUUUAACUGGGGAAAUGUAGCUGUUAAUCUAUCCAGAGGAACUUUCUUGGAUGUAACAGAUGAGAGAGAUAUAAACGUCUCAGUGUUCCAGAGCGGCGUGUCGGACUCGGUUCCUGCAGGAGCGUCAGUGACUCUGCAGUGCUCGGUUCUCUCUGAGAGCAGAUCAGCAGAACUCCAAGUGCUCUGGUUCAGAGCUGCUCCACCACAAUCCCAUCCUCAAAUCAUUUACACUCAUCACAACAGCAGCCAUCAGUGUGAGAGCGGCUCUUCUACACACACCUGUGUGUACAACUUCUCCAAGAACAUCCUCAGCCUCAGUGAUACUGGAACUUACUACUGCGCUGUGUCCGUGUGUGGGAAAAUCAUUUUUGGGAACGGGACACAAGUACAAUUGAAAUCUGUGGAUCCUGCAGUGAUCUGCCUCGCUGUAGCUUUGGUUGUGUGCGUGGUUGUGAUCUCUAUUCAAGCUCUGUUAUUCUGUAAGUGGAGAACCCAUGAACAACACACAAACAAACAAAGCACUGAGAGAAGACCUAAGAAAACAAGCACUCAGGACCGUGACUCUGUGGAGCUGAAUUAUGCUGCCUUACAUUUUAAAGAAAAGAAAACCAAAACAGGGAGAGAAAAAAGAAAACAACCUCAAGACAGUAUGUACUCUGAAGUCAGAUCUCUCGCCACUACCUAGAUUAUUAUGACUUCAUUAUUUAAUUAUUUUUUGGUUUUAUAAUUUUUUUCACUUUUUUUUUUAAGUCUGUUCAGGAAUAAAGUUUAAACUGGUGGUUUGCUCAUCUCAUUUUGAUUUAACUGACCUAAAAACGUAUUGU